AUGACUGGUGGCAAGUCUGGUGGCAAGGCCUCUGGCAGCAAGUCCAACGCGCAGUCCCGCUCGUCCAAGGCCGGUCUUGCGUUCCCCGUCGGUCGUGUCCACCGUCUCCUCAGGAAGGGCAACUACGCUCAGCGUGUCGGUGCUGGUGCCCCGGUCUACCUCGCCGCUGUCCUUGAGUACCUCGCUGCCGAAAUUCUCGAGCUGGCGGGUAACGCUGCCCGUGACAACAAGAAGACCCGUAUCAUCCCCCGUCACCUCCAGCUUGCCAUCCGCAACGAUGAAGAGCUGAACAAGCUGCUCGGACACGUUACCAUCGCCCAGGGUGGUGUCCUCCCCAACAUUCACCAGAACCUCCUUCCCAAGAAGACGGCCAAGGCUGGCAAGGGCGGUCCCAGCCAAGAGCUGUAA